AUGGCACAGAUAAAACAGACUGUACAGUCCUGUGGGGCAUUGGUUCCCAUUGAUUAUGCAUCAUUGCGCAUCGUUAUCCUCGCGGUCAACUCAUCAAACAUUGCUGUCAGUUUUGUCCUUUUCCAACUUGGCGAAGAUGGGAAGCGAUGCCCAAACCGAUUCGGAUCCAUCACUUGGAACGAGCGCAAGUCGCGAUACUCACAAGCGAAGGUCAAAUUGUAUGGUCUCUUUCGCGCUCUCCGCGCGGUUCAGAUCUACGUCAUUGGGGUCGCAAACCUGGUCAUAGAAGUCGACGCGAAAUACAUCAAAGGAAUGCUAAAUAACCCCGACAUCCAACCCAAUGCUACAAUCAAUUGUUGGAUUGCUGGUAUUCUACUAUUUGACUUCUGCCUCGUACACGUACCAGGUUCACGCCACACUGGGGCUAACAGUUUAUCAUGUCGCCCCUGUGCAAAUGAAGACCCCGAGGAGGAUGAUGACUUCGAGCAAUAG